UCAGAGGAGAAGCGAGAUGAUGCAAAAGAGAUCAGAUGAUGCAUGGUUCUGGCUAGCUUUUGUUUAACGGAUCGAUCGCUUGAUGGUCAAGGCAUAUGCAGGGCUGCCAGGCCCAUAACCUAUGCAUCAUGCGUGCGUAGUUUUACUUCAUAUAUAUAAAAAGCUAGGAGCCUGGCCUUUGCUUCAGCCGCAGGCAGUUUGCCGCACACCCUUCCCAAGCACAUAUUCCCUGCAACUCACCAACGUUACCUUGUACUGCAUGCAUUUCAUCUUCUUAAAUCACCUCAAAUAUAGAUAUAUAGCGAGCUUGCUAACUGAAAGACAUAGCGGCAAAUCCCAUCUGAAUAUACAUAUAUAGAUAUAUAGAUGCAUACAAUUAGUAGCUAGAUGCUCAUAUAGCUGCAGAGGCGCCAUGAUGAGGGUGAGCAUUGCCAGUUUUAAGUCUCUGAUCAUGGUACUAGUGGUGCUUCUUACCUGCGUCGGCCUGCUUGCCUCGGUGGCGGCGAGCGCGGCUACUGGACAGGAGGUGCACCUGGUGCCGGCGGUGUACGUCUUCGGCGACUCGACGGUGGACGUGGGGAACAACCAAUACCUGCCGGGGAACUCGGCGCUGCAGCUCCCCUACGGCAUCGACUUCCCGCACUCCAGGUCCACCGGAAGGUUCAGCAAUGGAUACAACGUCGCCGACUUCAUCGCAAAACUGUUGGGUUUCAAGCGGAGCCCGCCGGCUUACCUGUCGCUGACGCCAAGAACGAGCCGCCAGAUCACGAGAGGCCUCCGCGGCGCCAACUACGCGUCCGGGGGAUCCGGAAUCCUCGACACCACCGGGAACACGAUCACGUUGACCAAGCAAAUUGAAUACUUCGCGGCCACCAAGUCAAAGAUGGUGGCCAACAGCGGCGGGAAGGGCUCGUUGGCCGUCGACGAGCUGCUGUCCAAGUCGCUCUUUCUCAUCAGCGACGGCGGCAACGACAUGUUCGCGUUCCUGUCGCAGAACCGGACGGCGAGCGAGGUGCCGUCCUUCUACGCGGACCUACUGUCCAACUACACACGGCACGUGCAGGAGCUCUACGAGCUCGGAGCGAGGCGGUUCGGGAUCGUCGACGUGCCGCCCCUGGGGUGCGUGCCGUUGUUGCGGGCCUCCUCCCCCGACGGCGCCUCCAGGUGCGUCGACGGCGCCAACGCCCUCGCCAGGGGCUUCAACGACGCUCUUAGGGCGCUGUUGGCGGACCUCACCGGCUCCGGGGCGCUGCCGGGGGCGCGGUACUCCGUCGGCAGCUCGUACGACGUGGUGUCCUACUUCACGGCGAACUCGGGCGCCGCGGGGUUCAGGGAGGUGGCCAGCGCGUGCUGCGGCGGGGGCCGGCUCAACGCGCAGACGGGUUGCACGCCCAACGCCACCUACUGCGCCGACCGCGGCGAGUACCUGUUCUGGGAUGGGGUGCACGGCACGCAGGCCGCGUCCAGGAAGGGCGCCGUGGCCAUCUACUCCGCCCCGCUGCAGAUGGGCUUCGCAACGCCCAUCAAUUUCAAGCAGCUGGUUUCGUCUUGACGUUUUGCAUGUAUUGUGAAUCUUGAGCUUUGCACUGGUGAGCAUAAACUAGAUCGGUAGAAAUUGCUAAGGAGCUUGUAUGAACUAUUAAAGAGCUUUUUUGACUCUUUACACAUAAAUCAGUAGAGAUACAAGUUGAAUCAUGCAGAUUU